AUGGCAAGCUUUAAGGACAUUCUUCGCAACAUUUCUGCAAAUAUAAAUACUUCGAGUCCAGAUCUUCAAUCUAUAUUAGAUAUCGUUGAAGUGUUCAAAACAAGCCAAGAACAUCAUUUAGAAUUUGAGAAGGCUCAUAAUGGUUCCUUAGAAUUAAUUUCAAUAUAUAGCUCUGUACAAGACUCUGAAAAACUUGUAUUUUUUUUCAAGUGUAUACGAGCUUUGCUUGGGGUUCUUGGACCUGAUAGUUUUAUACUAGAUUGGUGGGAGGCCGUCUUACAGCCUGUUCUACGCUCUCCAUUAUAUUAUAAAGAUGUUGUGGCGGAGGUAAAAGGAAUCACGCAAGACAUUUUAUCAUGUAAUACUAGCUGCGUACUGAAAUUUAGAGCUACAAUCAUUGAAUUAUAUAUAAAAGAGUUUGAUUUUGUGGGAAAAGCAGCUGGGGAAGAAGAUGGAGUUAUAGGGGAGGAGGCACAUGCAUUUUGGUGCCAGAAUUUAGAGAGUGUGCUUAGAGGAUUUGGUGCGGUGCAAACUAAGGAUUUCUUUGACUUGCUGAAUACAUAUUUCGUACAAUGUGAAUAUCGAUUAAAGGUUUUGACUCUAUUGUGUGAAUUCAUUCGACGGCAGACCAUGUAUAUUCAUCUGAUCUUAAAGACGCGUCUUUUUGAUUCAUUAUUAACUUCCCUUCAGAAAGACACUUCAACUACUCUCCUUUCUUUAUCUUUGACCACAUUAAUAAUGCUCAUGCCUCAUAUCUAUACGUCAGUAAUUCCCUAUCUUCCCCAAUUGUAUGUUAUAUUUACUCGCAUUCUCUGUUGGGAUAAAAGAACUUCACGCUCUGCAGUAUUCGAAGAUGAUGACAAUCGCACAUUAUUGUUGGGAGAAGAAUCCUCAAGUGAAGAAAAACGUACACGUAAACCAAGCAAUGGAAUUGGUUGGCAACGGUUUGAUUCAACCUUCGAUACUGCACCAUCUACGCCUCCCGAUUGUCGACAACUUUUUACCUUUCUAUAUGGAAUGUUUCCAUGUAAUACUGUCAAAUUUCUACAGAAUCCUACUGGCUGGGCUCAGGAAAUGAAUUAUGUGCAUAUGUCAGAAGAAAUUGAUGAUGACGUGAUACGUUCCAGAAGUCGGCCUCUUUUUCGACGUCAUACACUGCAUCCAGAUUUAAUUUUGAGUAACUACAAGAAAGAAUUGUCGGACACCAAAAGGUGGAUGAAGCUCGAGCCUGCUGAUGUUGUAGCUGAAUGUAUCGGUUAUGAUAUAGAAAGCGCACUUGCUGUAUCGAAAUCUAAAAUUAAAAUUAAAAUAGAGGAGCCCAAAAAAUUCAUCGAGGAUAUAGAUUUUCCUUUGAAUGAAUUACAUAAAAAGGAAAAAACGAGGAGAGCUUCACAAGCUAUUUCAAUACAUGACAUCUUGGAAGUUCAUCAAGCAUUAAAGAGUGGGGUUGAAAUAGUUGUUGGCGAUGAUCCUUGGCCUGAACCUACUAAGAUGAACAUAACAAUACCACUGCAAAUAACUUCAAAUAAUGCUGCAACUAUUGCAUUUCUUCAACGGGAAAUAAUGUUACUUAGAAAUGAAUUGAAUUUUGAGCUUUAUUUAAAACAACAGCAUCUACAACACAUAGGCCGUCUUCAUCGUGAUCAUGUUUUAGACGCUAGUGUUGAAGCAGAACGACAAAAUUUAUAUAAUACAUGUCGCACCUUAAAAACACAAUUGGCAAGUACUCAAUUAGCUUUUGAUAGACAGAAAUCGGAAACUGCUAGUAACAAGAAAAAGCAAGUACAUUGGGAAAAUGAAUUGCACACCAAAUUAAAAGCUUUAAGGGAAGAGAAGAGAGAAUGGAAGUCUAGCAUAGAUAAAUUGACACAGGAGUUGGUAGAAGCUAAGGUUUUCGUUCCUCCAUAUAAUCACACCUCGGGGCCAGAAAAAAAUGACUUUAAAAAUGUUAUGGCGGUCAAAGUUUCGAUGCUUCAUAAUAGCUGGAAGCUUGUUAAUGAAAAUCAAACUAAGCGGAUUGAUGAUUCGAACUCAAAGGUCGUUGCAUUAGAGAAUCAGCUCAAAAUGGAAAAAGAAAAACUUGAAAAGUUAACGGAAUUAGAACAUCGAAAUUAUCAAUUGAUUAAACAACUCUUACUUUGGCAAGAAGAUACGUUGAAAUUUCAAAAGCAGAAACAACAAAUGGAAAGUUUGGUUACGCAUUGGCACAAGUCACAAAUUUUAUUGCAGACUUGCGAUCAAGAAAUUAAUAAAUUAAGAGCUAUAAUAAAUGAGAAAUCGCAGAUUAUUGACGACUUAAAUAUUAAGCUGCGAAAGUCUUCUGGCAAAUCUAAAGACGAAGAUUCAGCUUUUUCGAAACAGAUGAAAUUAUGGAGUAUUGAACGUAACAAGUUUUCUCGAGAUUUCCAAAAACUGGAAAAGGAGUAUGAAAAAGCUAGAGGGAAAAAUGAAGAAUUGGAGUCACGCAUAAUUGAGCAUACAGCUGAAAUCGAGCUACUAAAUCAUCAGUUGAAGCUCAAUAACCGAGACAAGGAGCUUUGA